AUGACAGGCUCUGGUUCUCCAUGUGGAGCCUGCAAGUUCUUGAGAAGAAAAUGUGUCAGAGGGUGUGUUUUUGCUCCUUACUUCUGCCAUGAACAAGGAGCCUCUCACUUUGCCGCCAUUCAUAAGGUGUUUGGAGCCAGCAAUGUGUCUAAGCUUCUUGCUCGCCUCCCUGUUACUGAGCGCUGUGAGGCUGCUGUUACCAUCUCUUAUGAAGCUCAAGCUCGCCUUCAAGAUCCCAUCUAUGGCUGCGUUUCUCACAUCUUUGCCCUUCAACAACAGGUUGUGAGUCUUCAGGCACAGCUUGCUUCUCUGAAGGAACAAGCAGCAGAGAGCAUGAUGAACGGCUCAAGUAACAACGGGGGUGGGGUGAAUGAGAAGAAUUGCAGAAAGAUUCCAUCUCAUUUCCAAGAUCUCCAUAACUGGUUUCAAUCGGAUCAUUCGAACGUAACGCCCGGAUUCAACCCGAACCCGACUCAAGAUUCAGCAUCCAACCCUUAUUAUGAUGAGAACUAUCGCAUUAUGAUCAAUUCCCAAUCCAAUGGGAACUAUGAACAUCACAUGGCAAAAAUGGAGGAAAGUGGAUCAUAUGGAAGCUUUGAAGAAACCUCAGACUAUUCCAUGUAUACUCUUGAUCAUCUGCAUUCAAAUGUUCAACAAUGGAGCUUCAAUGAGUCGCCUGAUGAUUUACAAUCAGUCGCUUUUGGUCAUGCUCGACGUUGGUAA